AUGCCGGCUCUCGGAGCUGUGAUGCUGACACAGGCAGAAACCUGGCAACACAGCAAGGAUAGUCACGUCUGGAAACCCAGGGAAAGAGGGUCAUCACUUCUCAGUGAGACAGGAAGAAAAGGAGAGAGGGGGUUGAUAGCCAGCAUUAGCCAGGGGAUGAUUGUUAGCAGCUUCUGUGGAAAUUCUUUUAGAGAAACUUUCAUAGUGGAGGACAGCAAGAAUUCAUUUCAGCUAGUUGGAAUAACGGAUUUCCUUUCUUACAAGAAAUACCAUUUUAAAACAGAAAUUUUUCCAAGAGAUUCCAGUCUAAAAGACAAGUUCAUAAAGCAUUUUACAGGACCAGUCACAUUUUCAUCAGAGUGCAGCAAGCACUUCCAUCGACUGUAUCACAACACAAGGGAUUGUUCAACACCAGCUUAUUAUAAAAGGUGUGCAAGAUUGCUAACAAGAUUAGCAAUGAGCCCUUUGUGUACACAGUCCUAGGAUGUUUGCUAUACUUUCUACUAAGGAGAGAAAUCUGAUUUGCCAAGAAAGUGCCUUGAAAUCUUCCAAGACGGAGAAGACAUCUUGUACCUUUUUGAUUUACAACAUUUUGUUACUAGAUGCAUUUUAUUUUCAUAUAUAUUUCGGACAUUCCAUAUUUGUGUGAAACAUUAUUUUAUUUUGAUUUGUAAAUUUGUUGCCUAUAGUUCAGACAAGCCAAUUAUUUAUAUACAUUGUAUAUAAAGAAUACUAAUAAUAUACUAAUUAAAUGUUAUAAUCAUAUGCAGGGAGUUGGUAAAAUUUUGCUGUUUCUCUUGUUCCAUUGUAUUUACAUCAUUUUGCUCAGGCUCUUACUUUCAUUAUUUGCACUAACUUGAAAUGCAGAAGUCUAUGUAACUGAAAUCUGAAUAAGCUGUAAGUGGGGAAGUUUUACUUGCCAUGGAAGAUAUUUUAUAUUAUGAAGCUUUGUUAAUAUAUACAUAUAUAUUAUUGCGCAUCAAAAAAAAUGCUCAGAAAUGCACCUUGCUUUCAGGAACAUUUGUAUGACUAUUCUGGAUUAUCAUCAGUUACAUUUGUACUGGCACUUAUGGAAAGAGUUGCAAAUAAUGUAAAUAUAAAGACUGGAAAACUGCAAUGCAGUUUUGAUGGAAUAAAGAACAUAAAAAUAAA